UUGACAAAAGCAAGUCAAAAUUUUAUGUUGAAAUCACGGGAAUCCUUUUCCGAUCCAAGAUAAUAUUCAAAAUUUUCGUUAUAAAUAAAAUUGUUCAAAGUGGCACGUAAAGCGGCAAGAUACCAAAUAUGGGACGUAAAAUGUUUAAAAGACGGACAAAGGAUGUUUUUGAAAAAUUUAGACAACAAAGGCGCCAUAAGCAUCUGCCAAGAGUACGACAAAAACAUGAAUAUUAUGGUGGAGGGGCAGCGAGUGUUCCAAGUGGAGAAGCUGCUUAAUGAUAGAGACAUAUCGUUCGAGGUGACCGUCACUGACGUCACGGCGCCGGCGUCGCCCAAGAGGAACCGAAGUCCCAUUGCCCUCACACGGCUGCGGUCGCCUAUUAAACGGCUUAUAGAUUGGAAAGAUUACUACCCUUUGAACGUUAUAAACAGCUUUAUAGACUCCUUGGAGAAGCAAUACCCGUCUACGUGUACUGUGUCCGUUAUUGGAAGGACUGUGGAAGGAAGGGAUAUAAAGGUGUUAAAAAUAUCGAACAGCGACGCUCGGAACACGGCCGUGUGGCUAGACGGCGCGAUACAUGCGAGAGAGUGGAUCAGCACGUCGGUAGUGACUUACAUUGCCGAUUACAUCGCGAGGAACUUCGACACGCUGCCACCGAGUUUUACUAAUAAAGAUUGGUAUUUAGCUCCGGUGGUGAAUCCAGACGGCUAUCACUAUUCGCAUGUUGGUGAUCGUAUGUGGCGCAAAAACCGAGCGCGGUUUGGCAAUGUGGUCACGGGAGUUGAUUUGAACAGGAAUUUCGGACAUUGUUGGGGAAGAGCCGGGUGUGCGGAAUGUUCGUCGGGUGACCCGAAUCAUAUCAACUAUCGUGGCACCGAAGCGUUCUCCGAGCCAGAGACUGCAGCUGUUAAGGAUUUGAUUUUGUAUUCAGGGACGCCGUUCAAGAUUUUCCUUACGUUCCACGCUUACAGCGAAGUGAUCUCGUUUCCAUGGUGCUACACUGCCGACCCAUGUCCCGAUUACGUUAAUUUGUUGGAAGGCGGAACCGUCAUGGCCAAGGCGAUCUACGAAACGAACGGACGUAUGUACAAAGUUGGCAACUUCAAAGACAUCAUGUACUACGCUUGUGGAACAAGCAUCGAUUGGAGUUAUGGCACGGCUCGCAUCCCAUUUUCCUACCUCGUCGAGUUGAGGAGCAAGCGGGAUCGAUUCCUACUGCCCAAAGAUGAAAUACAAGAUUGCUGCCGAGAAGCUCUUAAUGGUGUGAAGGCGCUCGUCGAGUUUGUAGACACAAAGAAAUGUUCGAAUUGUGACAUUUUUCCUAAGAAAAGUUAGUUUGGUUUGUCUUGUUUGGAGUUCUGUUCGGUUUUGAGUAAUACACGUUCAAUUAUGAUGUCUGAUUUA